GCGAACAUGGCGAAGACGUACGACUAUCUCUUCAAGCUGCUGCUGAUCGGGGACUCGGGCGUGGGGAAGACGUGUGCGCUUUUCCGCUUCUCCGAGGACGCCUUCAACGCCACCUUCAUCUCCACAAUCGGUAUUGAUUUUAAAAUUAGGACUAUAGAGCUGGACGGCAAGAGAAUUAAACUACAGAUAUGGGACACGGCAGGGCAGGAGCGGUUCCGGACCAUCACCACUGCCUACUACCGGGGAGCCAUGGGCAUUAUGUUAGUCUAUGAUAUCACCAAUGAAAAAUCCUUUGAAAAUAUUCGGAACUGGGUCAGGAAUAUCGAAGAGCACGCCUCACCAGACGUGGAAAAAAUGAUUCUUGGGAACAAAUGUGAUGCAAAUGACAAAAGACAGGUUUCUAGAGAGCAAGGGGAGAAGCUUGCUGCCAGUUUUGGGAUUAAAUUUAUGGAGACCAGUGCAAAAGCAAACAUAAACAUAGAGAAUGCAUUUUUCACCCUUGCAAGAGACAUCAAAGCAAAAAUGGACAAGAAGUUGGAAGGCAAUAGCCCACAAGGCAGCAACCAGGGAGUCAAAAUCACACCAGACCAGCAAAAGAAAAGCAGCUUUUUCCGUUGUGUUCUUCUGUGAGGGACCACUGCCUUAACCUGAGCCCCUGGCUCAGCUGCACUGGACUUGUGCCUGCUCUGAGUGAGAUCCUCCUCUGUCUGUGGGACUUAGCAUUCUCCACCUACCUUUGUCACCCUCUGAGCCAGCUGAGGGAGAAGCUGUUCAUUUGUUAGGCAUCGUCUGACUCUUCGAUUCGUGGAGACGGAAGAAGUUUUUAUUUUUGUUUUGUUGUCAGGUUGCCACUGGGGCCAUGCUUGUUUUUGUCUAGCAAGAGGGACUUACAGACCAAAUGAAGCACCUUUGCUGCCAGGCUUCAGUCCUUCUGUUGCUUUCUGUUAUGGACCCAAAUUGGAAAGGGUUUGGUUUGGUUUGGUUUUUAAGUUCUGAUCACAGUAAGGAAACUUCAAUGCCAAGGUUAAUAGAAGCACAGCAAUGUGUCCAGGAGGUACAUGUUGCUUCUCCACCUCUCUAGGGGCCUGUAGAACAACUGCAUCACACCAGGACAGGCUCUACCUUUGGGGAAAGUAGGAGGAAGCUUUCUGCAGCUCCACCUCUUUGCUACCACAGAGAGAAUCUUGCCCUGCCUGUGACUCGUUCUGGCGCCUUCCUCCAGACAAUCCCCGAGUCCAACUGAAGUUGCAAAAGGAAUCUUCCUGAAAGGAAUCUCUAUUUUUGAUAAAAACCAAAGUGUGCUGUGACUCUGACAGACCCUGACCACCAGGAAUUACUUGAUCCAUGCCAGACUUGACUGUAACUCAGUGCUCCAGCUGUUCAGAGGAGGUGGUGAGUCCUGGUGAGACACUUCCAGCAGCUGCUGGCUACAGUGAGUCCUCUUUAGACACAGCCAACAAGAGGUGAUGGCUGCAGGGGGGGGGUCCUGAGCAAGCACUCUUGAGUCUGUGCUUGGAGAACCAGAGGCAGGAACACCCACUCAAAGUCUGUAACAGCACCAGGGGUGGCUCUUCCUUCUCCAGUCCACUCCAGGUCUGUCAUGAUGUAGUAGCUAGGUAGAAAUGGUGACAAGAAAAUGUAUUGCACUGCUUCCAGUUGUGUGUUCUCAGGCACACUUGGCUCACAUAUGCAAAUAAAUGUUGCACAUCCCAACACUUGCUGCAAACAGACUUUCUUCAAGUGAGAUUUGCUUGGCUGCUGAGUUGAGUUCUCCAUCACUUCAGGUUUCAGGCAGCAGCAGUGCAAAGCACGUUUAGCCCUCAGUGGGAAGAGUCUCUGUUGUGUUUUCUUGCUGUCCACACAGUCUCCUACAUUCCACUGGAUGAAAGUGUAACAGCCAAGUAACAGUGAAAGUGUAACAGCCUGGGUGGCUGCUGGCUCUGGAGCUCUUAAGUCAUUGCUUGCUUGGAUCUCUUAAGUCAUUGCUGGCUCUGGAGCUCCUGAGUGGUUGCUUGCUUGGAGCUCCUUUGUAGCUGCUGGCUCUGGAGCUCCUGAGUAGUUUCUUGCUCUGGAACUCCCUUGUAGCUGCUGGCUCUGGAGCUCCUGGGUGGCUGCUGGCUCUGGAGCUCCUGGGUGGCUGCUGGCUCUGGAGCUCCUGAGUAGUUUCUUGCUCUGGAACUCCCUUGUAGCUGCUGGCUCUGGAGCUCCUGAGUAGUUUCUUGCUCUGGAACUCCCUUGUAGCUGCUGGCUCUGGAGCUCCUGGGUGGCUGCUGGCUCUGGAGCUCCUGAGUAGUUUCUUGCUCUGGAACUCCCUUGUAGCUGCUGGCUCUGGAGCUCCUGAGUAGUUUCUUGCUCUGGAACUCCCUUGUAGCUGCUGGC